AUGAGCGAGGAACCCCAGGCCUGGGAGCCUCCUCCAAAGCUUGGAUUCAUGGAGCUGAUAAAUCAGUAUGAGCUGAUGCAGCAGCAACAGAAGCAGCUGCAACAGCAGCGGUUUGAACAGCAACUGCUCCGACAGCAGAAACUCUUUGAGGGUGCGUUUGGCGCUGCGUCGGAUCGCCACGGAGGUGGAAUGCGUGUGGCCGUCGGUGGUCCAGGUCACCUGGACUCGCACUUGGCCAGCGGCAGAAUGGAUCCUGAUCAAGAGGCCUCCGAGGGCCUGGAGCAUUUUGUCGACUGA